AUGACAAGACCAUACUCUUCGACCUCCACCCGCCGAUUAGCAGACGGAGAUCUCGUGAAUAUCAAAGGCCUAUUCGACCUAUCGCACAAGAACUUCGUCGUUACCGGAGGCGGGCGAGGCAUUGGGUACGCCGCGGUGCGAGCUAUUGCCGAGAUGGGCGGCAAUGUGUCUGUACUGGACCGAAGCCCGUCGCCCGUCAAAGACUUUGACAGCUUGGUCGAGACAUUUGGCGUCAAAGUGAAGUAUAUACCCACAGACGUUGCGAAUGAACAAAGCCUGAGGGACGGGUUUGAAGAGGCCGUGGCUGACUUCAAAGUAUUGGAUGGCAUGUACGUGCGACUUUUUCGUCUCCGAAAAGAGACGGAGCCCCGCUCUAGCGACACAAAAAUGAUCAAGGACGGCAACAAGGGCAGUCUUGUGCUCAUCGCUUCGGUUUCAGGGUCGUGCGCUACACCCGGUCACAAACUCGCUCCUUAUAAUGCCUCCAAGGGUGCGGUCAAGAUGCUCGGUACCGCUCUGGCUGCGGAGCUAGGGCCAGAGAACAUCCGGGUCAACACGAUCUCGCCAGGCUAUAUCGACACCGAGAUGUUGACUCCCUUGAAAGAGCAAUAUCCGGAGCGGAUCAAGUUGAUGAGCACCACUCCUGCAAUCAAGCGUAUUGGUAACCGGAACGACCUCACGCCAGCCAUUGUCUACCUGUUAAGCGAUGCCUCGACAUACACAACGGGAACGGACGUUCAGGUUUCAGGUGCUUUGCACUGCGGACGUAUCGAUUGA